GAGAGAGAAGAGAGAAUUAUUCGAAUAACCUCAAAGCCAUGAUUUGCUGCAUCUGCGCUGUGGAAUCUUGUUAAUCAUAGUCAUUAGAUGGUCGUAAACAGUCGGUUUUGUAGUUCAACUCGUUGUCAGACUAAAUAAACUUAUUCGCAUCUGUUUGAAAACACCUCUGCCAGCACCGUUAUUUAGCUGUUCUACAGGCCUGUCUGCGCGAGGGACACUCGGGGGUCGAGUCGUUCUCCGCGUGCAUGCUCAAUACCCGCUGAUAUAUUAAUCACGGGCGGCGCGUGACGCUGCGCGCGUGUGAAUUAAAGCUGCAGUUCGUCACCUGUUGGAAAGGUAACGGCAGCGCACGCGGGAGUGCCAAUCAGAAACCAGUGUCGCGACCGUCCGUGUGGAUGAAUCCAGGAAGCGAGACCCGUAUCGAGUCCAAGUUGUCAUAGUGAUUUUACCAUCUGUUGGAUCGGUUUGCUUAAAGCUUUCCCAGCGCGCGCACAUGCGUGCGCGUGUCCAAAGGUGUUAUGUUGUUCGUUUACGAUACAAAACUCUGGCAUUAGCCGAUUCGAGGGAAGGGUCGUGACACCACAGUUUAUUAUCCGAGCGCCAUCCCGCCACUGCACCGUUCAGUCGGAGCUACGGAGGAGGAGGAGGAGGAGGGACAAGACUAUUGGUAUUCAUCUCUCGUAUGGUAGUCUCUUUCACCGUCCCCGCCGUUUGUGCUGAAUGAUCUGCGUGCUGGAAAAAUGAACAGCUUCACCUGCUGAAAUCAACAACCAAUAUGGAGCACUUGGUGGUGGACAUCUGGCUGCGAAGAUGCCCACUGGAUCUUCCUGAGUGUGUGGCAUUUGUUUUUGAGUGCUAGAGUGUGAUUGUGUCAAAGCGCAGAGUGUUAUUAAGCUACAGACAGAGAUUUUUCAGUGCGAACGUGUGUGCUGUUAAGAGGGACCAUGUGGCACACACAGUCAGCAACUUACCUGCCGCUUACCCACCUGCUCUGCCGACCUCUGAACUUUGCUCUGUGUUGGCUGCUUGUUUGGUUGAUGUGGUCAGUCUCCAUGGCAACAGCACUGACCUACCAGCCCACAGUAAACACAGCACUUGGCAGACUAAGGGGGAUGCGGGUUGCUGUGGCAACGGAGGGUCUGGGCCCUGUGGAUCAGUAUCUGGGUGUGCCUUACGCUGCCCCACCUGUAGGAGAGAAGCGCUUCAUGCCGCCCGAUGCUCCAUCGGCCUGGUCCGGUGUACGGAACGCCACCCGCUUUCCUCCUGUCUGCCCACAGACCGUUCGCAAUGCAGUGCCCGACAUCAUGAUGCCCGUCUGGGCCACCUACAACCUUGACACGGUCGCUACGUACCUGCAGGAGCAGAGUGAGGACUGUCUGUACUUGAAUAUAUACGUACCCACACAAAGUGGUACAAAGAGAACAGGCGACAUGUCAGCUGAUACAGAGCGUUCAGAGGAUGAUGGGCUGAGGGAUUCUCGAGAUGACCCCCGUCCUGUGAUGUUGUUUAUACAUGGUGGCUCGUACAUGGAGGGCACAGGGAACAUUAUGGAUGGUAGUGUGUUGGCCAGCUACGGCAAUGUCAUCGUCAUAACCCUCAACUACAGGGUGGGAAUAUUAGGGUUUUUAAGCACAGGUGACCAGGCCGCUAAAGGGAAUUAUGGUCUCUUGGAUCAGAUUCAGGCUCUCCGCUGGAUCAAUAAGAAUAUUGGAUAUUUCGGUGGCGAUCCAGGCCGUGUGACCGUGUUUGGCUCAGGAAUCGGAGCGUCCUGUGUCAGUUUGCUCACUCUUUCACACCAUUCUGAAGGUUUGUUCCACAGAGCAAUCAUUCAGAGCGGCUCAGCACUGUCCAGUUGGUCAGUGAACUAUCAGCCUGUAAAAUACACACGUCUCCUCGCCGAGCGUGUCGGCUGUAAUGUCCUUGACACACAAGACCUGGUCCUCUGCAUGCAGAAGCGUAGCUACAGGGAACUGGUGGAGCAGGAAAUUCAGCCAGCACGCUUCCAUGUGGCCUUUGGCCCAGUCAUUGACGGUGACCUCAUUCCGGAUGACCCUGAAGUACUCAUGGAGCAGGGGGAGUUUCUUAACUAUGACAUCAUGUUGGGCGUUAACCAGGGCGAGGGCUUCCGCUUUGUAGAGGGCGUGGUAGAACCAGAAGAGGGCGGAGUUUCUGGCUCAGAUUUUGACUUCACCGUAUCUGAUUUUGUGGAUGGUCUCUACGGUUAUCCAGAAGGGAAGGACACUCUCAGAGAGACCAUAAAGUUUAUGUACACGGACUGGGCCGAUCGAGACAAUCCCGAGACCCGCCGCAAAACCCUCGUGGCCAUGUUUACGGAUCACCAGUGGGUGGAGCCAGCUGUGGUGACGGCCGACCUGCAUGCACGUUACGGUUCUCCAACCUUCUUCUAUGCAUUCUACCAUCACUGCCAGAGCCCUAUGAAGCCUCCAUGGGCGGACGCCGCACACGGUGAUGAGCUCCCUUAUGUGUUUGGCGUUCCGCUUAUUGGUCCCACUGAACUCUUUCCCUGCAACUUCUCCCGUAAUGAUAUCAUGCUGAGUGCCGUCGUUAUGACCUACUGGACCAACUUUGCAAAGACCGGGGAUCCGAACAAGCCAGUUCCUCAGGACACUAAGUUCAUCCACACCAAGGCAAACCGUUUUGAAGAAGUGACAUGGGCCAAGUAUGGUCCUCACGACCAGCUGUAUCUGCAUAUUGGACUGAAGCCUCGUGUUCGGGAUCAUUAUCGAGCUACUAAAGUGGCCUUCUGGAAGCACCUGGUACCUCACCUGUACAACCUGCAUGACAUGUUCCACUACACGUCCACCACCACACGGGUUCCACCUCUUCUGACCACACACAGCUCUCACAGUGCCACGCCACGGCCAGGGGGCAACAAGGCUCGUACCCCUGGUAAACAGCCCCCCCAGUCCACAGCACGCAGCGGACCGCUGGUCAUUGCCAAUCCACGCGAUUACUCCACAGAGCUGAGUGUCACGAUCGCUGUCGGAGCGUCCCUCCUCUUCCUCAAUGUCCUGGCUUUUGCUGCGCUUUACUACCGCAAGGAUAAACGCAGUCGACAGGACACACCCCCUCAGCCCGCUCCUCAGCGACAGACCCCGCCCAAUGACCUCAGUUACACGGCCACCUCCAUCUCUGGGGGUAACCAAGAGGAGGGGUCACUGUGCGACCCCCUGCGUUUGACCCCGGCGUCAUCUCCACGGGAUUACGCCCUCACACUUCGCCGCUCGCCGGAUGACAUUCCACUCAUGACGCCCAGUUCUGUUGCCAUGACACCAAAUAGUGGCACUAUGACACCCAACACAGUUACCUUGACGCCCAAUAGUGUUACUAUGACGCCCAACACCAUUACCAUGUCACCUAAUUCUUUGAUGGGAUAUCCCAGCAUGCACCCUUACAGCACUUUCCCACAUGGAUACAACUCCACCAGCCUGCCCCACCCACACUCAACAACACGUGUAUAACAUGCAACAGAAACUCACCACACACCAACACACAACACUCACAUCCCACAAAUCCUUACAACACAAUCACAGCAACUGAUUACUGUAAACAAGAUCAAACCGGUGCAAACUGUUUAGCAGUAUUCAAAAGUACAAUAGCAGGUGAAACUAAUACAUAACAUGAGCACAAUCACCUCUGAUUUAUGGCACUAAUGAAUCAGUAUGGCCCAUCAAUAUAAACCAGAAGGAAACGAACAGUAUAAACCAGAAGGAAUGUCACUGCAGCACACUAGCAUAAACAGUACGGCUCAGUAUGAACGCACCGCUUCACGUCUGACCCAUGUCUAUACAGACAAUAUUCACGUUAUAUGAGCAGUUAAGAAACUUCUCUGUGGAAUAAGACCGAAAGAACGAGCAGAUUACCUGAGGGCGAGCUGUAGUACCGCUGCUGCCUCUAGGUGGAGCUGCAAGACUCUAAAAACCUCCAAGGUGUCUGAUCCGCAAGAACAGUAGGGGGCGCUGGAGUCCCAUCAGUGGUUCACCAUUAUGAACCAAGCAAGCACUUAUUCUAUGAUAUGUAAUAAUAAUAACCUGUAAUAACAAACAUAUUAAUGGCUAUUGUACAGUAUAACAUAUAUUAACGUCAAUGUACAGACAGCUUUUUUGAAUGUGUCAGAAAAAAAAAUAUUUCUAAUCGUUUUUAAGCUCAAAUUAUAUCCAUAGCAAAGAAGGCCAUUUGAAGCCCAGAUUGAUUUUAAAUCCUGAACCGUUUUUUUUUUUCUUUCUUUCUUUAUAAUUGCAAAAAAAUGUACUAUUUUAUACCACCUUUCUCUCUCACUCACUCACUCUGACUCUCUUUUUCCCUUCUUUCUCUCUAUGAACGGGUGAACUGUCUAGGCCUAGGCUAUUUUACUUUUGGUAUAGGCUAAUCGAUUCAUUUAGUUGUAGAUUACACCGAUCACGCCGAUUUUAAAUAACACGGCGUGUGUGGAGAUUAUUCAUGAGAGAGAGCGGGUGUGUACAAUUUUCAAGUUAAGCAUCUUUAGAUAAUUUGUGUCUUGCUAAAUGUUAUCAUUUUGUGAAAAUGCUUUUCGAUCAUCUUAAAUAUGUAUUGUAUCUGAGUUUGGUUGAUAUGUUUUGUGAAAAUGUUUGAACUCAAUUUGAAAGCAUUGAGAUUUUUUUUCAGUAUUUAUCGAUGAUAUGACAUCACUCAUACAGUAAUAUGACAUCACUCAUACAGUAAUAUGACAUCACUCAUGCUGUGAUAUGUCAUCACUCACGCUGUGAUAUGACAUACAGGCUUUGCUGAGAACUUAAAAUGUUAAUCUUUCCCAUGAAACAUGAAUGUGGUGAUUUGUACUGAACACAGGGCUUCUCUGAUGAAGGACGGUCUAAAAUACCAUGUUUACUAUGGAGCUGCACAGAGUUUACACAGGGGAUACAAUCGUGUAGUCAUUGUGUCAUAUCCUGCCAGAUGGUUAGAUUCUCCGUGUUACCCAUGCUAACCACCCCUGCCACGAUUUUUGUGCCAAAUUUGCGAUAGUUUCCCUGGUAACCAGCAGAAAGUUUGUCUGUUAACGUGUUUGUGUGAAAGUUCAACAGCUUUAUAAAACAAUUUGCAGUAUUUACAACCAUUUUAGUUCAUUUGGACUUUGAAGAGGAAAGACAAUAGCAUUUGGAUGCAUGGAGUUGGACAACAGCAGUGUGUCUCUCCUGGAUGAGGGUGACCUGUGUGCAGAUGCUCAGGUCUGUCGAUUCAACGGCUUGCAGAAGUCUGUUCUUUUAUACUCUGUACAUUUCUGCCUCAAAUUUGCAGUAAAUAUUGAGUUUGCCUAAAAUUCCUGUUCCUUGUUUAUCAAGAUUGAUUUGGAGUCUGGAGACUGGAGUUUUUGAUCUCUAGAGAAAACUGUGACGCAUUUUACAGCGCAUUCAAGGCACAUUCUGUCAGAUGUUUUAUGUGUUUCCUGGGAGCUGUACCUAAAACAUUUUUUAAUGCUACAGGAAAAUCUUAACUAGGUCUACAACAAAAUAUUUAUAUUGGAAUAUUUCACACAAAAUUUAAAAUCUAUUAGCCUAUCUACUUACCCUCGGUACAUUAUACAAUGUUUGCCUUUGUAAAAUUUCUUUACAAAACAAGAAUGACACUCUACUGCUUAUAAUUCACUGCAGUACAGUAUGUUAAAGUUUACAUUAUAGUACAAAAUUAUUCAGUUUUGUAUGGUAAUGGAAUUGAAAGACUAACACUUGUGUGGUAACUAAUUGCUUUGAUAGUAUAUGAGUUUUAAGAUUCAGAAUAUAUUUCAAUAUGGUAUUACUGUAGAAAUGUAGCAAAUUUCUGAUUUAUUCAUUUUUGUAUUAUGCUAGGUUUUGAACUUAGGAUUUGAAAAGAGUAUGUAAACGUGCAAAUUGGCCUGCAGGUACAGUACAUAGGCCUACAGUACCUUUAGAGUUUUGGUGGUGGUUGUGUCUAAGUGAGAAAAUAAUUAAUGUAAAUCAUUGAAUACAUUUUGUGCCAAAGCAAUGAUAAAUGAUCCACAGUUUAGCCCACAUAGACUACAUCAGUGUGUCACCGUGUGAUAAGUUUUGAAAAAAUGAUGUAAAGUAUGACAAAAUGUGUCCUAGUGAUUGUAAAAACUGUAAGACUGUCUUAAGAACUAACUAGCAGUUAGCCAAGGGAUAAUCAGUCUUACUUUUUGGAUACAAAUUAGAGCAAUAUACUUUUUUAUGUAUACGUUUUACGUUUUUAAAAAGUUAUGAACAAACAAAUUUUGAUGACUAACAUGUAAGACUAGUCAAAGCAAUUUAUGCAACCGGCCCCAAGUUCGGCUAUUUUAAGGUCAAACUUUCUGAAAAUGUUGUCGCUAAUAUAGUUAAAUAUGUAAAAAAAAAAAACAUUUAAGUGGUCCUCACAUAAAUGAGCCAAAUAAUGUUUUGCUAUAAAUCUUCUGAUAUCAACAGGUUUUUGUUAGCGGUGUAACUAAUAUCACUUGCCUAUAAAAACCAUCACCUCUUUGAGGUUUCCUCACUAAUUUGAUGAGAACAAUGUGUAAAUUACACCUGUGUGUUUAUAUUUUGUGUACAAAAAUUAAGAAUGGGUCUUUGACGGAGCACACAAAAUUUAUUUCAAACCACACAUUAGCCCCACUGUUUACAGAAGAUUGAGAAAAUGUGUGUGUGUGUGUGUGUUGCUGAAAAAGAGAAUUGUCUGUGUGUUCCUAUUUCUGACACAACUGUAGUAUUGUAUUGAAUGUUCUCUUGUCCCAAUCUGACUCGGUCACAUCUCCCUCGCUUUGCUUCAAAAUGUGUGUGCGUGUGUACCAACUUAACCAUAUUUUGGGGACAAAUUUGUACCCAGAAGUGAGUUAAAUAUGAUGAAACCUCCUUUCAGGGACAUCCUCAUUUGUAAAAACGUCAUUAAAAUAAAAUCAACAAUUGUGAAAAUACAGAAAGUUAAGCAUGUUUGUGUGCAUGCACACAGAUGUUUAUGUAGAAAAAUUCAUGAAGAGGCCAAAAAUAAGAGCUACUAGCGUUU